AUGCCUGUCGUAGCACAACGCUUUGACGAUUGGUUGAGCACAUGCCAAACAGUUGACAUUCAUCACCACCUCCUUGAUCUAUUGUUUCGCUUCGCGAUGAUGCGAACACACACCAACGUCCAAAGCCGCGUGACGGCGAUGGGGAAACCAAUACAAAAAAUACUAAGAACAGUCCUUGCGAGUAUGUCUUCGACAAUCUUGCUAACCAACUCUUACCAGAUUCCCGCGCAACUACCCAUAGUCAUUAUGUGA